ACGUCAAUUAUGUCGAUUUUUCGUCAAUUGUUCCUCGUGUCAUGUCACGUCGUAAAUUUCACCGCCCAUCUUUCGAGAUUAUGAAUGAGGUGAUCAAGCAAAAGAAGAAAACAACAGGCGGCGUGGAAUGGCGGAUUCUGGUGGUGGAUCAGCUCGCGAUGAGGAUGGUGUCCGCGUGCUGCAAAAUGCACGAUAUCAGCGCGCAGGGUAUCACCCUGGUUGAGGAUAUCAACAAGAAGCGCGAGCCACUGCCAACGAUGGAGGCCAUUUACCUUAUCACGCCCUGCAACUCGUCGGUGCAGAAGCUGAUCGACGACUUCAGCAAUCCCACGAGAACCACUUACAAGGUUGCCCACGUGUACUUUACGGAAGUGUGCCCUGACGAGUUGUUCAAAGAUUUGUGUCACUCGCUGGUAGCUAAGCGCAUAAAGACACUAAAAGAGAUCAACAUCGCUUUCAUACCUUACGAAGAGCAGGUUUUCUCGUUGGACUCGCGCGAGACCUUUGCCUGCUUUUACAAUCCCUCUUUCUUCAACCUGCGACCGGCUAACAUGGAGCGCAUCGCCGAGCAAAUUGCAACGCUCUGCGCCACUCUCGGAGAAUAUCCAUCAGUCAGAUAUCGCAGUGAUUUUGAUCGCAAUGUCGAGCUGGCGCAGUUGGUGCAGCAGAAACUGGACGCGUACAAAGCUGAUGAGCCGACGAUGGGAGAAGGGCCUGAAAAGGCACGUUCUCAGUUGCUGAUUUUGGACAGAGGAUUCGACUGCGUCUCACCUUUGCUGCACGAACUUACACUGCAAGCCAUGGCGUACGACUUGUUGGACAUUGACAACGAUGUCUACAGGUUUGAGGCAACUCAGGGUCAGGAGAAGGAAGUGUUGUUGGACGAAAACGACGACUUGUGGGUGGACCUCAGGCACCAGCAUAUUGCUGUAGUAUCUCAGAACGUGACCAAGAAUUUGAAAAAGUUUACAGAAUCAAAAAGAAUGCCGCAGGGCGACAAGCAGAGCAUGCGAGACCUGUCGCAGAUGAUCAAAAAGAUGCCGCAAUAUCAAAAAGAGCUGAGUAAAUAUGCCACGCAUUUGCAAUUAGCUGAAGACUGCAUGAAGCGUUAUCAAGGAAACGUAGAUAAGCUUUGUAAAGUGGAACAAGACUUAGCUAUGGGCACCGACGCGGAAGGCGAACGCAUCAAAGAUCAUAUGAGGAACAUCACGCCGAUACUACUCGAUCAGACCGUGAAUCAUUUGGACAAAUUGCGUAUCAUCGCUUUAUACGUCAUUAGUAAAAAUGGCAUCAGCGACGAAAAUCUAAAUCGUUUGGUUCACCACGCUCAGAUAUCGGUCGAUGACAAGCAGACCAUCGUCAACAUAGGAAAUCUCGGCAUCAAUGUUCUAGACACCAAUCGCAAGAAGCAAUACACAGUACCGCGCAAGGAAAGAAUCACGGAACAAACCUAUCAAAUGAGCCGUUGGACUCCGAUCAUCAAGGACAUUAUGGAAGAUUGCAUCGAGGAUAAGCUUGAUUCAAAACAUUACCCGUUCCUAGCCGGACGCGCAGCUAGUUCGGGAUAUCAUGCGCCAACCAGUGCGCGAUAUGGACACUGGCACAAAGACAAAGGCCAGCAGACUAUCAAAAACGUUCCCCGCUUGAUUGUUUUCAUCAUUGGCGGAGUGUGCUUCUCCGAAAUACGAUGCGCGUACGAAGUUACGAACGCGCUGAAAAAUUGGGAAGUCAUAAUCGGUUCAUCCCAUAUCAUUACACCGAAAUCAUUUCUGAACGACCUGAGUAAACUACAUGUCUAAAUUAACGCGCAAUUAAAACAAAAAAGAAACAACAUUCCUAUAAAGUUCUCUAUGUCAUCUUUAGCUUCGACCUCGUCAGUAAUACCAGCCGCAAAAUCAUCGAUGAUCUCGUACACAAAAAAUUAGAUUUAUUUAUUUAAGUAAACAAAAGAGUCAAUUCUUUACGCGCCUCGUUUGCGGCGAAAAACCGUAUAUAUGAUCUUUAUAACUACAUGAUAUAUUCGUAGUAUAUAGUUUAUCAUUUGAGUAACAAUGAAAGUAUUCGUGCAACGGAGCACGAAGAGUCUUGAUCGGACGCGUUAUCCAGAGUCAAGUGCCUGCGCGCGAAUACAUAAAUCGAAGAUCGUACGAGACGACAACACGUUGGCAAUACUGAUGCAAAUUGCAAUUGGAGAUGUACAAUGAUAUCAGGCUCGUGAAAGAACGAGCCACUAAUACAACUUUAGAGAUGUAUUCAUAUUCAACAUAUAUAUAUGUUGCAUAUAUAUAUGUUGCAUUAAUCCUUGUCUAAUAAUAAGAAAGAGAAUUUGCAAAGAAAAGAUGUAAAAACAUAUGUGUUAGAGAGAAAAAAAGAAAAACCUAGUGAUAUACUCUGUACAUUUCUCGUUACAUUAGUAUUUUGUUAUCGUCUGUUAGUUGAAAGUUACCGUGACCGUGUUAGAGUUAAUAUUUUAAAUGUAGAGCCAAUAUACAAUAUAACUUGAGUGUGCACCGCUUUUCAGAAGAAAUUUUCAUCCCAUUGCGAUAUAGAGACGUUGUAUCGCCGAUUUGCUUUUGUCCUCUCUUCUAAUUCCAGUAUUUGAAGCAAUUUUGACAGUUAAUAUUGAAAAGAUAACACAUUGCCGCGUUAUUUAUUCGAUAUUAUUUCUCGAAAUAGACUUAGCGUUAUAUAUAUAUUAAAUGUAAAAUAAACUCUGCGUGUUCAACCUGACGCUUGUUCUUCCUUUGUGUUGACUUAUUUAUAUAAAUGUAUGAAUGUGUACGAUGUAUGUGUAUUAUUUUUAAUAUUUUUCGUGCAAUACAUACUUCUCGAGUUAAUUUAAGUAAUUUUCAGUUAACGUUAUCAUACACACUUAACAUAAUUCGCAUAUAUACAAUGAUAUUUUACAUUCGAUAUAUGUGUAAUAUCUAUUCAGCGCUCUCUCUUUGACAGAUCCUAUUAGCGAUUUAUGUAAUUUUGUUUGAGAAUGUAACGCAGACAGUGUUAGCAAUAAUGCUAUAUAUAUAUAUAGCGUUACAAAAAUACGUGCAUCGCAAAACAUUCCACUGCAAUAUCGAAUCGCAAUUUAACGAUUGUGGCAAAAAGGAGCGCUUUCGAACAGAGAAUCUUGCGCUUGUUGACGAAUGAAGACGAUAUUAUUGUAAUGUCAAUAAAUGUUACGAUCUACUUAGCGGAGAAAUUAUCGCAAAGUUAAAUGAUAUUUAUAAAGUAUAUAUUGUUAUGUAAAUGUAUGUAUGUGUAGAUUCUAGUGGCUGAACGAAGUGUUCUGCUUAUAAAGGCCUAUGAUGCGCUUUA